CCGAGCUUUGACUCCAAGACAAACACGCUGACCGGUACCAAUCGAAAAAUGAAUUCGACCUCGUUUCGAGAUGUUAAGCGACCGGAUCCGGACGGCGUGAGGGAAAGCAGGAGAUACCGGAAGAAGAACCGCUACAGCAUGCCGCCCAAGAACGAAGAAUACGUAUACAUGGGGAGUUUCGAAAACUUGCAUCUGUGCGACUCUCUGGACAAGAGGCAACAUUUGGAAAAUGAACGUUUGUCGCACGAUGACCCCAAAGACAAGGCUAAAAAUAACCGCUACAGCAUGCCAGCCAAAAAUCCGGAUUGUGUCUACAUGGGAAGUUUUGAGAAUAUUUUUUUCAGAAACGGUGGGGAUAAAGACAAGGGGAAUUUAUUUUCCCUUCCUAAAGAUGAGACGGCCAGCAGCAACUCCCGGAGUUGGGACUCCUCCUUCGCGGACGGUCCUCAACGGGAGGGAACCUCUCAAACAAAAACGAACAGAAGUGCCAAUGCCUCCAGCAAAUCAAACAUCUCAAACAGCGGCGAUGAGUUGUCGGAGACUAACAAGUCUUCAUUUUUUACCUCAGAGCGCAAAGACUCAAGUGAUGGGAAUUCAAAAACCGUUGUGACGCCAUCAGUUAUGAUAAGCCCCGUCAAUAAAGCAGCUACUUCUGCGAAACGUGAGGACGAUUUCUUUGACGAUUCGCUGCCGUUAGAGAAAAGUCCCCGUCCUGCCAACCCGUUUUCUCGAGCAGGGGGCAGGUCCUCGUGUAUGCCCGGUAACAAACGAACUGUAGCUCCGCCGCCAGCAUUUUAUGAUCCGACCUCAGUUCCGAGUGGUCUGAAACCGACCUCAGUUCCGAGUGGUCUGAAACCGACCUCAGUUCCGAGUGGUCUGAAACCAUCGGACGCUUCUUCAAUUUAUCUGAACGGCGUCAAAUGUUUCCAGAUUCCUCCUCCGCCAAACUAUACACCUCCUUGGGAGGAGAUGGAGGUGGUCCAGGCGCGUUUGGUUGAGCUAAAUGGCGGAUGCCACAAAGGUUCUCAAGCCGAUAUUAGUUUUGACUCCGUGAGCUUAAACAUGGAGGACAGAGACAUGAGUCUGAACAUACUGGACGCUAAAACUAUACCCGUGGUCAUACCCUCACAACAAAACAAUUUAUCAAACUUACAUGAAUCUCAAAAAGUCAAAGCCAACACUGGAACUAUCGGCACGUCUCCUACUUGUGUUAAAAACUAUCCAGGGCUUAGAGAUAAGCACCUUUUAUCGCCAUCAUCUCCUCGUUCGGUUUUAAAUGAAUCUCGAAGCUCUCAAGGCUCGGACAGUGUGUUUGAAAAUACCACUCAUAGGCCCCCUAGUCAACACCUUAAACCCGAUGCCAGUAAAAGAAACUCUUCACCGUGCAAUAGCAAUGCCUACGAAUACAUUUACCUCUGUUCAUCUACAAAAAGUCCGGUAAUUACCAUUCCUGAAUUAAAAAGUCGUGAAAAUCUGAAUAACAGUGGGGAAAAAAUGAACCCACCAGUGCAGGAUCCAUCAGAAACAAACAGGGCGUCAGUUAGAAAGGCUGUUGUCACAUCAACACCAAAGUCUGUUCGACGGCCCCAGAAUGACGUAGAGCGUAAAAGUGCUGCUGGCCAACCUGUACCGUCUCCGAGGAAAAGACUCAGCUGUUCAUCACCUGAUGUCGCUAAUGGUAACUUGGCCAACGGCAACGUUCUCACGUUGGUAAACAUAGGUGACGUGGACGCAACCGGUCGCAAGAAAACGCCGCCAGUUCCUAAAAAGAGACAGAAUCUUUCCUACAGUUCAUCCAGUUGCUCACAAGGUGACACAAACCUGCAGCUGAGGCCAGUCUCCCGGGCAGACCCGACCGACCCAAACAGACAAUCCAACAACUCUUCGGUCGGCCCAGCCGGCAGGCUUCAGAAAUCAGACAGCGUCAAGCCUUACAUGACGACAGCUGUGGUGGGCCCCACGGCCACCGUAACCUUAUCGGACACUGCGCACCACAUCUACGAAGAUGUGGUCAUCAAACCCACCCUCCCCAAGGCGGUGACGCCGGCCCCAUCGGGACCACAACAUUACGAAGAAUGCGGCAGCCUCACAAAGGCAACAACCGCUGAAAAUGAAUAUUUCUACCUGAGCAUGGAUCCGGGGUCAUACAGCGGCGGACUGGUUUCCCCACUGCAAACUCUCCAGCUCAGGACCUCCCCGCAAUCACGGCGCAGGAAGGACGCCCCAGACUGUCUCUCCAUCGGUUACUUCUCGCCGUCCUCGCCACGGCCGUUUUUCACGGGCCUAUCGUCAUCCACGUGCGACCUGGACACGCUGGAUCACAAAGAACACGAUUACAGCAACUGGAUGGUCAGGCCGUUCCCGGCGACGGCAGACGAUGAGACUUGUGUUGCCGACGAUGAACUCAGCGGGUGCAAUGACGACGACGAGGAAGACCUGCGCAAGGUGAAGACGAAAUCCUUAAAGAAAUGGAAGUCUGCCGAUGACAUCAUUAGAAGUGGAAGCAUUGUUGACAGGUGAGUCUGGCAUUUGGAACACUCCCCCACUAUCCCUUAUCCUCAGAAAGACGUCAAUUUUGGCCAGUUUCAUGAAAACACCGAUAAAGAUGGUUGAAAUUUGUUCAUUACAAAAUCCUAGUCUAUCAAAAUAAUUUGUUUAAAAUGCUAACUUAUAAAAUUUGACGUAAAUUUUCUUAGUGGGUCAAAACAAAUUAUUCGUCUUAGAUAAACUGGUACACAUUAUUUAUACAGUAAAAUUAAAAAAAAAAAGUUAAUACCAAUUGUAACAAAAUAAUUUUUAAAUAUCAUCUCAACUGGCUUUAUUUCCUAUGAGCAUACUAGUGUCACUAAAUACAUUUAUUUAUUCUGUAGCUUACAAUCACUGUUGAAAAGAAAUUUGUCCUCCCUGCAUCAAAGACUUUCAAUCCGUAAAUAAUAUGGUGGGUUAAAGAUAUUUUAAUUGUUUGCAUUAUAAAAAUGUGUUUCCUCCCUAUUCUCUAAGGUCCAUGAUACUGGCAAAGAGACGGCGUUUGCGCAUGCGUGAUAGAACAUCGAAACCACUUGUAUUCUCUUCCACCGAGACCGACG